GUCACGUCUACGUGCGGCCCGGGGCGUGUUUGACUAGUAGCAACUGGAGAACGACAAGCGUCUCUGCUCGGCUGGUCAACAUUCUCUUCAGCACCCUGAACUUCAAGGACGCCAAACGCAGCCAAACUCUCCAUCGAGCGCGAUCUAGGUUAUAAACCAUGAAGCUAUUUUGGGCCAUCAGUGUCCUUGUGUUGAGCUGCUGGCGGGCCAAUGCAUCCACAGCGGGCUUCAUCAAGUCUCCCCUUUCCGUCACCAAGCUGCUCGACGACAGCGCCGAGCUGCAUUGCGAGGUGAUAGGCAGCCCCAUCCCCGAGGUGCAAUGGUGGUUCAUAGAGGGCCAAGAGCCCAACGAGACGGCCGUGCAACUCUUUGACGGGGCGCGCGACGACCGCGUGCAGAUAAACGCCACGUACGUCACGCACGCCACCAGCACCGUUCGCUUCACCCUCCUCGCCCUCGACGACUCCGGCACGUACGAGUGCCGCGCCUCCAAUGACCCCGACCGCAAUGAGCUGAGGAAGACGCCAAAAAUCAAGUGGAUCCGCUCACAAGCAAACAUUAUUGUCAUUGAACCACCAAACAUCAUCACCGAGCCUUCCGAGGUCAACAACCAGACCUCGGCUGUGCUGAGCUGCAAUUUGACCGACACCACUCUCGUCGUCAAGGGCUCGCACUGGACGUACAAUGGCAAAGUCAUCGAGUCGUCUGAAUCCACGGCCACUGGCCACAGCACGGUUCUGAAAUUGGACAAGAUCACGCACAGCUCUGGUGGAAAGUAUGAGUGCGUGUUCCUGAGUGAGCCACAAGUGAAGGAAACAAUUGAAGUCAAAACCAUCCCGCACGUGGCCGCCUACAAGCACUCCGAGCACGGCAACGAGAAAGACAAAGGCGUGAUGGUGUGCGUCAGCCAUGGCUACCCGCUGCCGACCGACUGGACCUGGUUCAAGGUCCAAGAUGGCGUCCAAACGGUAAGCAACAUGUCGCCGCUUGACGGCCGGCACCUCGCUAACGACGCCUCCCGUCCUCAGCCCAUCAUCAACGGCACCAGCGACAAGUACGAGAUCAAGAGCACCCCGGAAAAGACGGUGCUGACCGUCAACGACCUGAACAUGGAGAAGGACGUGGGCGACUACACCUGCUCGGGCACCAGCGACAUCGGAACCAACACCGACAAGAUCCACCUGCGCGUCCGCAGCCGCCUUGCUGCCCUGUGGCCCUUCCUCGGCAUCGUGGCCGAGGUCAUCAUCCUGGUGACCAUCAUCCUCAUCUACGAGAAGAGGAGAAAGCCCGACGAUGUCACCGACGAUGAAGACUCAGGCGCGGCUCCACUGAAGAGCAACUCCAAUGCCAACCACCAAGACAAGAACGUGAGGCAAAGGAAUUCCAAUUAAAGGGCCCAAGCUGUCCCGCUGCACCUCGUCCCGCGGCCCUGCAAUGUCAAAUAACCUUUUUAUUUUCGAGUGUUAAUGUUCUUAAGGCUGAUUCCCCUCUUGUUCUCUAAUAAUCUUCACCGAGAGCUUAGUGUGUGUGAAAUUGUCUUUUGCUUGAGGCCACAGGGCCACCACUGUUGCAUGAGUUUCAACACUGUCGUAGCCAAAUGUGUGUCUUUUGUAACAUAAUAAAAAAAAUAUAAUCAUCACAGGAUCUGAAAUGAGGAAUGCGAGUUAGUGCUCAUGUUUCCCUGACAACCUUUUCAAAAGCUGUGGAUCGCUGCCAUUCUUUACACUUUAAUUGGUUGCUUCAGAAAUUCCUCUCAGCAAAGCUCGAAGCAGCUUUUCCGUUUUCCAAACGGCCUUGCUUGGCCCUGAGCGGCUCGCUUUUGAAUUCCCACUUUCUGACACCGCCACAUCAUGUCGAUUAAUUGGCGCCUGUUGGAACGGAAAAGUGACCGGGUGUCAGGAACCAAAAAUGGAAAAGCGGCUUUAGACUUUGCCUAUCUGUCUCUCUUACCACUCUGAAAUGUGACUUUAAGAUUAAAGUAUUCUACUUGUUUCUUUUUACCGCCAUAGGAAAUUAUUUGAACAACUUUUUUUUCUCCCAUAUUUCAUGUUUUUGUUUUGUUUAAAUAUAUGUAUAUGUUAUAUGAAGGACCAACUGCAAAAAAAAUGUAACGGCAGUUGCCACAUUGAUAUAACCCACAUUUUACUUCAUUGAUCUAAAUUCAAACACAGUUUUUUCAUGUGGGGUGAGAAGCGAAUCAUUUCGCUGUUUAAAAAAAGAAACACAGAAUGCAAUCUGCCCGAGUCUUGUUGUGAUUGGAUGUUGCUGUGUCAUAGUUAUCAACUAUACAUGAAAAGAUCUUAAGCCAGAUUUGUGUAAGUUAGCAAGAAUGUCACCAUCUAAUGUACAACUUGCACAAACUGAAUAAAAUUAUCUAAUUUUA